AUGCAAGCUGUUCCUAACCUCUCAUCAUAUGAAGCAAAUGAAUUGGAUAACACAGAAAUGAUGUAUGAUGAUAUUGUAAAUUUGCCGAUAAAAAUGACUCCUGUGCAAAUGCAACAAGAAUAUUUUGAAAAUUUAGGUGACUGUGAUUGGGUGAGGUAUGAGAAAAAAAACAGGAAUUAUCUACUUCAAAACAUUGCAUUUGCACUGUUUGGCAGCCCAAGCAUUGAAGGAAGUCUGACAGUAAAAAAAGACAGUGAAAGUGCACACCUAGAGGGCUAUACUUCCAGACAAAAAGAGCAAGUUAUGAAAGUUUAUGAAAAAAUAUGUGAUCAAGGUAAAUAUUCACAAAAUGAUGAGGACAUAUUCUUGUCAGUGCUCCUCAUAGUGUGUGCUCGGCCAAAGCCUCUAAAGAUCUAUCAAAUACAACCAUCUAACUACUGGCUGGAUCUGCACGAAAAAAGUGAUGGCGAUAUAUGGUGUACAGCUGUUUUUAAAAUCAGAAAAUGUAUUCCAACAACAGUUGGCGCAAAAUCUUGCUGCGUAUACGUCGACGAUAGCGCACGAGUUUAUCAUAACUGGCAGUCAUACUUGGAGGAUAAUACCCUCCCUAAAUGUGUCAUAAUAGUACCUGAGAAUGGCGAAUACACUGGAAGCCUUGUUGGGGGAGAAGAAGCUUUCUACGUGAAACUGACGGUGGCGCCAUCGCCAGCCCUGGGUAUUAAGGCGCGUGUGUUGAGUUCAGCGGACACGGUCAGUACCGUAGCGUCUAUUGGGGCUAUAGGCGUGAUCGGUGUGGCGGUGUUCACACCUGUCGCGCCGGUCGUGUUGGUGGGUGCGGCCGCCGCCACUGUUGCUACUGGUGUCUACGGACUCGUGAGGUCAUCGCUUCAUCUUCAUGAUAGGAGUUCUCAUGAACAGACAAUAAGUCCAACGGACCCUGAGGCCCGCGGCAGUUGGCUGAACAUCGCUGCUUCAAGCGUGGGAUUAGCCGCGGGAGCUGCGAGCUCAUUACUUUCAAAAACCGCGGCCGCUGGAACUAAUAUGACCAAGACGGGUCAAGCUAUAGCUGUGUCAGUUGAAGUACUACGUCAUGCCAACAUAGUGACUGGCGGCGCAGGCGUCGUAAACAGCCUAUUGCAUAUCGUAUUUAAGUACCGGAAGCACGGAGAGAGACCUACCAGCCUAGAAUUAUUCCAGUUUACUACAGCAACAUUGUUCUUCUGUCAUGCCGUUGUAUCAAACAGGACUGCUCAGAAUAUUAUUGAGGAUGCUCAAGCUAAAACUAUCAACGAAUAUCGCACCACACUUAGGAGCAAUAGGCACAGAAAAAUAUUCGACAAAAUAAGCGCUGAGUCGAGGAGAGUUCAAGGAGUCGUUCAAGGCAACACCGAAGUCAUUAGAGGCAUAAAGAACAUCGUUGACAAGGAUCAAUUCUUUGCAGAUGCACUUAGAAUAAACAAAGACAUCAACCAGAACAAACUCAGAAUUUCUAUGACAUCCGAUGGCCGUGUUAACAUUAACGCACAACAUAAAUUUAACCCUUCAGAUUUAUACAACCUUGGGAAGGAGGGGCGAUCACAGUUGUUUAGUACGCUAGGUCCCGCUGAAGUCACUACAAGAAAUAUGCCUACGCGAAUCAGUCCGUCAACAAAUGCUGUAACAACGUUCACGGACGCUGAAGAAGAAAACACUAUGCUGGUUGGUAUUCAUCCUGGCGAAAUAUUGAGAAUAGGCACUCUUCUCGUGCGGGUAAGUUCUUCUGGAGUUGAAAAUAUAGCUUCGAUUCUAGCAAAUUUGAGCCAAGACAUCUAUACCGAUGUAAUGACUCUCUCUUUCAACAUAUUGUCACGUCUCAUUCCUGAAGAUAUUGCAAGAUUGAGACUACUAAGUCCAGAAGACGAUUUAAUUGUGCAAAUUGUGAAGUUUGUCUUCAACUAUAUGAAGCACGAGACACCAUUUGGGGACAUCGAUAGCAAUGAUAACACUAUCAUGAUUGUGUUGAAAGAUUUCUUCCAAGAAGGAAUGGUACGUCAAGAUACGAUAUUAAUGUUGAAAGAUCGUCUGCUCCGCUGGAUUGAUGAAGAGAUGGAUAAGAGACGCAUUGAGUAUCCACACAAGAAACUUAUAGUCUGUGAAUCCUGCAGGGGAAUUAGGUUUGCUUAG